CUUUGGGCUAUAACAGGCAUGACGCAGAGUCAUGCGGUUCCGGGCGGCGGCCAGAACCUGCGGGGGCCUCGGCGUCGCCGCAAUAUCCUAUGUCGUAAUUGACUAAUUGCGCCACAUUUCGCUGACGUGGCACGCGCGUUUGCAGCCGUUGCUCUGGACCGUACUGGCUCUGAUUGCCGUAACUCGCGUGCCCUUUUACAAGCACUGGAACGCUGAGUUCAAAGCUGCAAUUCCGUUUCUCGCUUCUAUGAUUUUCAUGCUUUCCGCUCUACUGUUUGAGGCUCUAUCAGUACGCUUUGUCACGGCCGUGCUUGGCCUCGAUUGGCAUAGAAUAUUCCAGGCAGCUAAGGACUCGGACAUGGACAAGAUCAAUGAGCUUCUCAAAGAGGUUGAGUUGGGCCGCCAAGAGAGCCAGCACAAAGGCCUUAGCAAAGGCAUGUGGUUGUUCCCCUAUGCAACAAUAUUCUCAGCUCUCACCAUCGUUCUCCUUGCCUUCACAUGGACAAGUGAUGGAUGAUUGAUUAUCGAUUAAUUGUCAUCUACACGGGUUCUGACUCUGGUUUUUGAGGCUAGACUUUACUGUAUUUGUAUAAAUGCAAUAUUUUGUUGUUACAGAAAGUUUGAUGGGGGUACUUUUUAUAGAUACUCCUGUGAGAAAUGGCCCUGGAAAUGAGCCAAUUAUGAGGCUUUACCACGUUAGCUAAUAUUAUCCGAGCUUGAGAUGGAUCCUUGAA